AUGACAGUCAAUGGAGAAUACACAUCAACUGAUAAUGUUCAGCGCUUCAUGGAAGAUGAAACCUUAAUGGAGCUUGUAAAAGGCCCUGAGAUCUAA